AUGAAUAAUUUACCAUUUAAUAAAUGGACCCUUGGCUUCAUUAAUAAACAAUAUGAAGAUCUUUAUGAAACGGAGAUGAAUAAAUACAGGCAGUCAUACUUUAGAAUUAUAGAAGUGAUCAUUUUGAUAUUGUGCAUCCUCUUCUUCAUCUUUAGUUUGCUGGAAGGGAGAUAAAUCAUCAUAUCUGUGAUUUUAGCAGUUUCAAGCAUAGCCAUUUUCUUAGCUUUAAUAUAUGGCCAGAGAUUUGCAUCGAAGGUUCGAUACUAUUACUUUUUAAUGUAUGUGACAUCCUUAGCAACAAGCUUGUAUGUAGCAUCUCAAACUAUUCAAAAAUCCCCAUUUCUUUACGGAUACUCAUCUGCGACCAUAGCAAUAAUCUAAUUCCUCUUCAGUCACUUCAAAUUACGCCUAUUUACACUUUUAAUAGUCCCAAUAGUCUAACUUUAUAUUUUAGAUGUACUAACUCUAGAAGACUUUGGAUAUAUCGUUCUUGUAUUUAUGACAUAAUUGUUAAUUGUACUCUACUCUCAUUAUAAUGAAUUCAUGUUUCGCUUGGCCUUUUCCUACAUGCUCUAUAAUCUUAAAUUGAAAGACAUCUCUGAGGAAUACAUUCCACAUUCCUUCUUAGCACUUAGUCUUAAUGUCAGAAAUAACUAAUUCUAACUUGAAUUCCAAAAUCAAAUAGGCAGAACGAAUUUAAAUGUUGAAGAUUCGAAAACUUUAAUUGAAAUGAUGAGAAAUACCUAUGUUGUACCCAAAGGUUAAAUACCCACAAGUGUUGAUUUAUAGAAUAUUAACAUCUAAAGAUCAGGUGAUUUGUCAAUGAGAAGAUUAACCAAGAAGUAAACGCUGGAGGAGUUUGCAUUCUACAAGAUUAAACAAAAUUUAUCAGUGGAUGAAUAAUAAUCGAAGGAUGAGGCUGAGGAAAUGGAAGGUGUGUUUUACAACCAAGUGAAAGAAAAGAAUGUAAUUGUCAGUAUUGACAUUAAAAAUCUCAGUUUUGGCAAGAACUACUUAUUACUUGUAGUAAAGGAAGAAAAAUAACCUUAAAUGAUGUCAAAAAGCGAAGAACAAAUUCGAUUCCUAAGUAAAAUUAUUUAAUUUGCUUCCAAUUAAUUGUCAGCUUCACAUUAACAUUUAUAUAAAGAAAUCACUGGAUUAAAGUUGGGUUAGAUUGAUAAUAAUAAAAUUUGGCAGAUCAAAUGUAUUAAUUUAUCCAUUAUGAGCCAUUAUUAAAACUUUUACUUUUUUGUUAAUUACACUCAAAUCAAUAAUUUCUUAGCCGCCUAUAAUCAAAUCAACCUCAAAUAUUUUCUUAUUAACUUACAAUAGCAUUUUUCUUACAUGUGUAUGAAAAUGAAAAAGUAGUUCCUUUAUGAAUUAAAACUAGAUGAUUUUAUGAUUAAAGUAAAUUCUAAAUUUCUCUCAUAAAUUGUCUUUAACAUUUUCGAAUAAUGUCUAAAAUAAUCAGACUCCAAUUCUACUAUUAAUCUGAGUGUAAAAAGCGAAUUGAAUUUGAAUCCCUUAUAAAACAAUAUUGUUGAAAAAAAGUGUCUACAAGAACUCGACUUCAUUGAAAAAGUUGCUGAGGAGUCUUAAGAGAGUCCCACAAAAAUAGAAUUUUAAAAACUCGUAAAAUUUGAAUUUACUUUUCUUUCAAGUACAUAGGUAGAAUUAUAAUAGGAGACUUCUUUAAUUUUAAAUCCAUAAACUUACGAAGAUUAUCAUUUCAAUAACAAUUAAGAAUUUCAAUUAAAUCAUCCUAUAACAAACUUUUUACUAAAGAAGAUUGGCCCCUACAAUUCUAUCCAAUAUUCCUAGAAUGUCUAUUGUGAUCAUUAAUGCUAACAAGCUGUUAUAGUAUUCCCUUCGAUGAUGGAUUUGAUUUAAUAACAAACCUUGUAUUAGAAUAAGAUUAGCUUCUACAUUUACUCAGAUUAAACUUAGUUGACACAAUCAUUUAUUAAAUACGCACAAUAGAAGUCGUUUUUAUAACCUUGA